AUGGCCACCAAAAGUCUUGUUUCUUUCAUAACGUUGGCCACACUAUCAUUAACAAUUAUGAUAUGUGACCCCGUUAAUGCUGCAAACGUUUUUACAGUGGGCGACGAGAAAGGAUGGACACUUGGCUUUGACUACCAGGCGUGGGCACAAGACAAACAAUUCCAUAUUGGAGACAGACUGGUGUUCAACUAUCCGAAGGGUGUUCACAACGUUCUCGUUGUAAAUGGGUCAUCAUUCGCAAACUGUGUUAAGGAACCCAUCUUUCCCAGGCUGGAGAGCGGACACGACGUGCUGGAGUUUAUUGGAACAGGGAAUGUAUGGUUCAUCUGUGGAGUGGGGAUGCAUUGCCAAAACGGUCUGAAGCUCAAAAUAACAAUUACCGAUCAAUCCUCACCUGCACCUGCAGCUGCACCAUCUUCAGAAGAAAAUUGGCAUACUUCUUCUCUAUCUUCCGUCUAUCACCUAAAGCCUUGGUAA